AUGGGUUGCUGUGGUUGUAGAGGCAGCUGUGGUGGCUGUGGUGGCUGUGGUGGCUGCGGUGGUGGCUGUGGUGGCUGUGGUGGCUGUGGUGGCUGCGGUGGCUGUGGUGGUGGCUGUGGCUGUACCACCUGUACCUGCCGCCGAGUGGGCUGCUGCUCUGCCUGCUGCCCCUGCUGCUGUGGCUGCUGUGGGGGCUGCUGUAGCCCCACAGUUGUCUGUUGCCGCCGUACCUGCUGCUGUAACUCUUGUGGCUGUGGCUCUUGUGGCUGUGGCUCCUGUGGCUGUGGCUCCUGUGGCUGUGGCAAGGGCUGUUGUUGCCAACAAAAAUGCUGCCAACAGAAAUGUUGCUGCAAGAAGCAAUGCUGCUGCUAG